AUGACCUCGGCCGCCAACCUCAGCUCGAACGCGUACCGCCCGCCCUGGUGGGUGUGGUGGUGGUUCGUCGUGUCGACCAUCCUCGUCGCGUGGGACACGGGCUUCGUCCUCAUGCGGCCGCGCUCCAUGGCAGGGGGCGACCUGCAUUGGCUCUGGUCGCCGUACGCGCUGUACGAGAAAGUCGACCUCGUCUACUCGAGGAGCUGGUACGACCGGCGAGACGGCUUCACGAGCGCGCAAGCCAUCAUGAACAUUGUCGAGUCGGUCCUCAACAUCGUUUACCUGUGGCUCGCGCGGCGCGAGAGCCCCGAGGCGGUCCUCGUCGGCUUCACGGGCGCGACCAUGACGAGCGCCAAGACGAUCCUGUACUGGCUGCGCGACUGGGUGCGCGGCUGGGACGCGACGGGCCACAACACGCCGUGGGACUUCUGGGUGCUCUUCGCUUUGCCCAACGGAGCUUGGAUUGUCGCACCGACGAUCCUCAGCGUCGUGUUCUACCGCCAGAUCGCUCGCAGCUUGCGCGUCGCGGCCAAGACCAAGACGCUGUAG